AUGUUGUCCACGGCUCAACAGAUGCUGCAGGAUAGCCGCUCCAAGAUCGAGCUGAUCCGAAUGCAGAUUAUCAAAGUCGCUCAGGCGGGCAGCAGCGGCGGCGGCGGCGGCGGCGGCGACGGGGGAGAUGAUUGUGGUGGCAACCAUGACGGCUCUGCUACACAUGGAGGGAUCUCUCCGCUCGCCGCCGGCCCCAUAGACGCUCGUUUGGCCGAGCUGCAGCACUACAUGCAGAGAGAGACGGACGUGUUGCUGCUGGCCAAAGACGUGGUGAAACAACUGGAGGGAAUCUCGUCUCUGGACCAGAAAGCACUGGCCGAGGCUCAGUCCCGGGUGCAGGAGUCGUCCCAGAAGCUGGAUCUUCUGCGGCUCUCUCUGGAGAAAUGCCUGAAAGAAAAGAGCCAGGAGUCUUUACAGCCGCCUGCAGGGGGCGUCGAUCCUUCAAACACUCCUCCGUCGCCCCAGAACUCCAGACCUGUGUGUCCCCUGUCCCCCUCUCCGUCCAUCUUCUCCAUCAGACCCGCCUCCCUGACAGGUAAACUUGAAGUCCGGCUCAUUGGAUGUGAGGAUUUACUAAAACCUCCGACAGUCUCUGAGAAGGAGAACCACCCGAGUCCAGACGAGGACGUUUCCCCGGCUGCUCAGACGACAGACGCAGAAUCAGCAGCCGAGAUCAGCGCGGUGCUCAGACUCGACACCAGGGUGGUCGGUUGGUCACGCUGGGCUGCCGCCGACAGGCUGAGCUGGGAUCAGUGGUUCUGCAUCCAGCUGGAGCGGUCUCGAGAGCUGGAGGUCGGAGUCUUCUGGGGCGAUCGGAGGACGAUAUGCGGUGUCAAGUUCCUGCGUCUGGAGGAGCUGAUGGAGAACCAAAACCUGAACCACAAGUUCAGACUGGAGCCGCAGGGCGUCCUUCAUGCUGAGCUACGAUUCAUCGACACGGUCGUAGAGCGGCAGCCGAAGCUGAGACGUCAGCGAUGCAUCUUCACUAAAGAGAGAGGGAAAAACUUCCUCAGAGCGGCUCAGAUGAACAUGAACUUGGCCACGUGGGGUCACCUGAUGAUGAACAUCCUGCCUCGAUACAGCUCCUUCACCACGUUCAGCUCGUCUCUCUCUCCGACCCCCGACGCCAUGACCAACAACGCCUCACGCCCCCCCGAGAAGGAGCCUCACACCACGACUGCACUGCCAAGUGAAGCUCCAGCGAUCAGAAUCAGCCUCGAUGAAGAUCAGACGUCUCCCUCCGGCCUCGAUCGGAAAGACGAUGCCUCCACUAUCAUCACCACCGCUGAACACAAAACCUCACCUGUGCCUGCCUCACAAGGGAAACAGUCGUCCAUUAACGGUACAGAAGAAAGUGAGGAUCAAUCCGUUUCUGCUCUAAAGAUGCAGAUGGAAGAUUACCGAUACAUUUCCGUCCUGGGUCGAGGACACUUUGGGAAGGUUCUGCUGGCCGAGUUCAAGAAGACGGGGAAACUGUACGCCAUCAAAGCCUUGAAGAAAAAAGACAUCGUGACUCGGGAUGAAGUGGACAGCCUCAUGAGUGAGAAGAGGAUUUUUGAGAUGAUCAACGCGUCCAGACAUCCGUUCCUGGUGAACCUUCACGGCUGCUUUCAGACCAGCGACCACGUCUGCUUCGUCAUGGAGUACUUACCGGGCGGAGACCUCAUGAUCCACAUCCACAACGACGUCUUCUCCGAGGCCCAGACCAGGUUUUAUUCAGCGUGUGUCGUUCUUGGUUUGGAGUUCCUGCACCUGAAUAAAAUCAUCUACAGAGAUCUGAAGCUUGACAACCUGCUGAUGGACGCAGACGGAUUCAUUAAAAUCACCGACUUCGGACUUUGUAAAGAAGGGAUGGGUCACGGGGACCGGACCUCCACCUUCUGUGGGACUCCUGAGUUUUUGGCUCCGGAGGUUCUGACGGACGACAACUACACGCGAGCGGUGGACUGGUGGGGGAUGGGCGUCCUCAUCUUCGAGAUGCUCGUGGGAGAGUCUCCGUUCCCGGGCGAGGACGAGGAGGAGGUGUUCGACAGCAUCGUUAAUGAUGACGUACAGUAUCCAGCGUCUCUUCCUCCUGAUGUCGUCUGCAUCGUCCAGAAGCUCCUGAAGAAAAAUCCUCUGAAAAGACUCGGAGCUGGAGAGAGGGAUGCAAACGAAGUCAAAGGAGACGAAUACUUUGAGACCAUCGACUGGGAAGCUCUCCUGGCCAAGACACUAAAACCUCCGUUCCUGCCGGCGAUCAAAGAGUCGAUGGACGUCAGUAACUUUGACAGCGACUUCACCCGACUGCAGCCGAUCCUGUCGCCGCCGUCCAAACCGUUCAUCCUCUCUGCAGAGCAGCAGGAAGCCUUCGCAGACUUCGACUUCUGCGCCCUGCAUGGGUGAACGAGGAGCAGGAAAGACCAGGGUGGGAAACAAAACAGGCAAACAUACUUUUGUUUUGUAUCUGGGACGUUUGACAGCGUCAGAGGUAAACAUCCAUCAUUAUUUUGUAAUCAACCACCACACACAUUCACAGGAGUUUUGAUGCUGCAGGAAGAAUACAAAUUAAUUUACAAAAAUUAAAUUCAAGUUUUCAACCAUCCAUCCAUCAUCUGUACCGCUUUAUCCUGUUCGGAGUCACCGGGGGGCUGGAGACAAUUCCAGCUGUCAUUGGGUGAGAGGCGGGGUUACACCGUGGACUGGUGGCCUGUCAAUCACAGGGCUGACAUAUA